GGAAUUGGCUUUGAGAGAGGAACUCAUCAGGCAAGAAAAACUGGAGCAAUUAGCUGCACGUUUCAACCGAAAGGCUAGCAUGAGGGAGACAUGGCUGAGUGAGAAUCAGCGACUUGUGUCCCAAGACAACUUCGGAUUUGACCUUACUGCAGUGGAAGCUGCUGCCAAAAAGCAUGAAGCAAUUGAAACUGAUAUAUUCGCAUACGAGGAGCGUGUCCAAGCUGUGUGCACCGUCAGUCAAGAACUGGAGGCUGAAAACUAUCAUGAUAUUGAAAAGAUCAAUGCCCGCAAAGAUAAUGUUCUCAGGUUGUGGAACUACUUGUUGGAGCUACUUAGAGCACGGCGAUUACGCCUCGAGCUAUCUCUGCAAUUGCAGCAGAACUUCCAAGAAAUGUUGUAUAUUCUUGACUCCAUGGAAGAACUCAAAAUUCGACUCUUAUCCGACGAUUAUGGCAAACAUCUUAUGGGAGUGGAAGAUUUACUUCAGAAGCACAAUUUGGUGGAAGCUGACAUCAACGUGCUCGGUGAACGAGUCAAAUCUGUUGUUCAGCAAUCGCAGAGGUUCCUCGAUCAGGAAACAACAGAAGGCUACCGGCCAUGUGAUCCGACAAUAAUUGUCGAACGCGUCCAACAGCUCGAGGAUGCCUAUGCCGAACUCGUCAAAUUGGCUGUUGAACGUAGAGCCAGAUUGGAAGAAAGCCGCAAACUGUGGCAGUUCUACUGGGAUAUGGCUGACGAAGAGAAUUGGAUCAAGGAGAAGGAACAGAUUGUAUCGGCAGGUGACAUCGGUCAUGACCUGACAACAGUCAACUUGCUCCUAUCCAAACACAAAGCUCUCGAAACUGAAAUCCAAAGCCAUGAACCGCAGUUGAUGAGUGUUGUCUCUGUGGGCGAUGAACUUGUGCGCCAAGGACACUUUGGAGCGGAACGCAUCCAGGAGCGUCUGGCCAAUACUCUUGGGAUGUGGCAGCAUCUGCUUGAUCUCUCGGCUGCUCGGCGAUCUCGUCUUGAAGAAGCUGUUGAUUUCCACCAGUUCUUCGCCGAUGCAGAUGAUGUGGACAUCUGGAUGCUUGACACGCUCCGUUUGGUAUCUUCUGAAGAUGUUGGUCGCGACGAGGCCAACGUCCAAUCACUGCUUAAAAAACACAAGGAUGGCACAGAUGAACUUAAGAAUUACGCAAGCACGAUUGAGGCACUCCAUCAACAGGCAUCACAGCUCGGCGAACAGGACCGCAAAUGUCCGGAAGUUGUUGAGCGGCUUGAAUCUAUCGAUCACCGAUACAAAGAGCUCCUUGAGCUGGCGCAGCUACGCAAGCAGCGCUUGCUUGAUGCGCUGUCACUGUACAAGCUCUUCUCGGAAGCUGAUGGUGUGGAACAAUGGAUCAAUGAGAAGGAUCGUAUGUUGAACACUAUGGAACCAGCAAAGGAUAUUGAAGAUGUCGAAGUUAUGCGCCACCGUUAUGCUGGCUUUGACAAGGAAAUGAACAACAAUGCAUCUCGCGUUGCUGUUGUCAACCAGCUUGCAAGACAGUUGCUGCAUGUCGAACACCCCAACUCACAAGAAAUCCUCGCUCGUCAGAAUAAGCUUAACCAUGAAUGGGCAGAAUUAAGAGAGAAGGCAGAAGCCAAACGAGAAGAGUUGAACUCUGCUCAUGGUGUACAAACAUUCCACAUUGAGUGCCGUGAGACAUUGAGUUGGAUUGAAGACAAGAAACGUAUCCUCCAAUCAACAGACAAUCUUGAAAUGGACUUAACUGGUAUCAUGACCCUACAGCGUCGCUUAUCUGGAAUGGAGCGUGACUUAGCUGCAAUCCAAGCUAAACUGGAUUCGCUAGAGAGCGAAGCAGCAACCAUCAGCAACGAACACCCUGAAGAAGCUGAGGCAAUUCGGGAGAGAAUCCAACAGAUUCAAGUCAUCUGGGAACAGCUCACACAAAUGCUGAAAGAACGUGACGCAAAAUUGGAAGAAGCAGGUGACCUGCACAGAUUCUUGCGGGACUUGGAUCAUUUCCAGGCAUGGCUGACCAAGACGCAAACAGAUGUUGCCUCUGAGGACACUCCGACCUCACUGCAAGAUGCUGAGAAACUCAUCAUUCAGCACCACAUCAUCCUUGGAGAGAUCAACAACUACAAAGAUAGCUACGAGAAGAUGAUGCACUAUGGAGAGCAACUAACUGCUGAUCCAUCGCAGAAUGACCCACAAUACAUGUUCCUGAGGGAACGUCUGAAGGCUUUGCAGGAUGGUUGGGAAGAGUUACAUCAGAUGCACGCCAACAGGCGAAAGUUGCUUAGUCAAUCACUCCAACUCCACUUGUUCCAGAAGCUGGCUGGUCAAGGAGAAGUGCUCUUGUCGCAACAAGAACACGUCUUGUCCAAGGACGAUACUCCUGUCAACCUUGAACAAGCAGAAAAUCUAAUCAAGCGACACGAAGCAUUCCUCACCACCAUUGAAGCUAAUGAUGAGAAACUAAAUGAAAUCCUUACAUUCGCUGAUUCUCUAGAGAAGCAAGAACACCCUGAAGCGGAAAAAUGCAAAAAGAAAGCUGAAUCAUUGAACGAAAGACGCAACCUAAACAAACAGAGGGCAUUAGAAAUGAUGGACAAGCUAAAAGACCAACUGCAAUUGCAUCAAUUUUUGCAGGACUGCGAAGAGCUGGGUGAAUGGGUGCAAGAAAAGAAAUUCACCGCAACAGAUGAAACAUACCGUAGUGCAAAGACAGUGCACAGCAAAUGGACGCGCCAUCAAGCAUUUGAAGCAGAAAUUGCAUCUAAUAAAGACAGACUUGUCCGAAUUCAACAGGCGGGUGAGGAGAUCAUGAAAGAAAAACCAGAACUAGCAGAACUCAUCGGACCAAAGAUAGCAGAUCUUGGCAACACCUUCGAUGAUCUUGAAGUAACAACCAAAGAUAAAGGCGAACGAUUGUUCGAUGCCAACCGAGAGGUGCUCAUUCAUCAGACGUGCGAUGACAUUGACUCUUGGAUGACCGAGCUCGAGAAGCAGAUCUCAACUGAUGAUCAUGGUUCCGAUUUGGCCUCUGUCAACAUUCUCAUGCAGAAACAACAG